ACCCACAUGAUUAAUAAUGAUGUGUAUGUGGUGAUCAAAACAUAUUUGGCGAACGUCGAUGGUGAACAUUCAAUACUAAAACAAACUUAUCAUAUAUCAUUUGUCUGGUGUAAUAAAGUGUCGACAAUAAGUAAUAAAAUUAAUAUCAAGCAUGCGACAUACCACUCGACUAACAGCAGUAGACUCAGGAUUGGAAAUAGAAACGAGCUGUCAACAAUGUUGUCCAAUUGUUCAAACGAUUGUUACAUGUUGUUCACUAAAAAAUCAGCAUACGUGAACAAUGAAAAAGGACCACCACCAGCUACAACCAUUAAAAAAUUUAAAUUAUUUAUAAUAAUAUCCAGUGGAAUACUUCUAGCUUUUAUAACAGCAGUAUUAUCAUCGUACUUUACAAUUUAUUUUAAUUUUACUUACAUUUCAGAAAGAGAGGUGAGACGUUCAUUUGCACCAUUGCCUUCCGAAAAUGUCCUGAAUGUGCACGACGAAAGUAGUAAUCUAGGCCUUCCAAUUCUCUCACCUGGAGAGCUUCAAGAAUCAUCAUCGAAUUCCAACGAUGUGGCGGACGAAUUUGAGGCAAUUGCAUCUCUGCAAUUAGCUCUGGACAUGAAAUUGUCUGGCAAACGUCGGAAAGCCAUAAAAUUGUUCCAACAUGCUGUAGCGCUGGCUCCUCAGCACCCGGACGUGUUGAAUCACUACGGAGAAUUCCUCGAGCAAAUUCAAAAUGACAUAAUUCGCGCGGAUGAAUUCUACGUAAAAGCGCUCACCUACGAGCCGAAUCACGAGGGAGCUUUGACGAAUCGCCAGCGGACUGCGAGAGUCGUCGAGGAGUUGGACAAGAGAACUCUCAGCAGGAUUGACGAGAAGCGAGACGCGUUGUCGGCGAUUCCCGAAAAUAAUGCUGCGCUGAUAAGGGCCAAGAAGGAGGCCUACUUUCAGCAUAUCUAUCAUACCGUGGGGAUCGAGGGUAACACGAUGAAUCUUGCGCAAACCAGAGCGAUUGUGGAGACCAGAACUGCGGUGGUAGGCAAGAGCAUCGAUGAGCACAAUGAAAUUUUGGGACUCGAUGCUGCGAUGAAGUAUAUCAACGCUACGCUGAUCAACAGAGUCGGCUCUAUUACGAUUAAAGAUUUAUUGGAGAUUCAUAGGAGGGUCCUAGGCCAUGUGGAUCCUAUUGAGGGUGGACAUUUCAGGCGAACUCAGGUUUAUGUUGGUGGACAUAUUCCUCCAGGACCUGGAGAUAUUCAUUAUUUGAUGCAGGAGUUUGCUGAUUGGCUUAAUAGUGAACAAGCUAUUAGGAUGCAUCCUGUUAGGUACGCAGCAUUAGCACACUAUAAAUUAGUCCAUAUUCAUCCAUUCACUGACGGAAACGGCAGGACAUCUCGACUCCUAAUGAACACUAUUUUAAUGCAAGCUGGCUACCCGCCCGUAAUUAUCCACAAGCAGUAUCGUCACAAGUACUACGAGUAUCUCCAGAUCGCCAACAGCGGAGACGUGAGACCUUUUGUGAGAUUCAUCGCAGAGUGUACCGAGCAAACGCUGGAUCUCUUCCUCUGGGCUACCACCGAGUUCUCGAAACAAGUCCCGGCGCUGAGCCAAGAAUCUCUGAUGAGGGACCGGGACCGGACGAUAAUUCUCGAUGAUGAAGGUAGCGGUGACUUUCUAGACGACUUGACGAAGCUUUAA